AUGAGCUUUGAAGAGCUUAGGGCUAUCAAGCGUGGUUGGAUGGGCAAGAAUUGGCGGCAACAAAAAGAACCCUUGCAACAGAUCUCUGGAAACGCAAGCAGUACUGAGUCCCUGCUAGGGAAAUCUCAUUCACCAGAGGACUUGCCGGAGCAUUUAGGCCAGAAUCUUACUACAUCUAGUCACGGUCAUUCUCAUUAUCAACAUGAAGGCCAUGGAGGCAAACCCAAAGCGAGUCGCACUAAGAUUAAAGGGGAAACAACACAGACACAAACAGUGAAAAUGAAGUUUGACUCCCCGACCAAUAAUAAAAAGGUGCGGCGAAAGAGUACCGGGGAACCGACAAUGACCAUGCACACUCGUGCAGCGACGGAUGAGAUAUAUAGCAUCUUCAAUCAACCAUUGAAGGCAGAGACUGAAGCAGACGCAGAUAGCUUCUGCGGUAGCGAUUACGAAGAUGACGACUGCGCUAGUAAUGGAGAUAGUACAUGCACAGGGCACAUAUCAGCGGCCUCGAGCGACUUUGGAGACGAGGAGACACAAACAUUCCACAAAUCCUACGAUGACACCGACUAUGCCAACACCACACGAGCUGAGAGCGUUGAUGGCGAUGAAAGCGAUUGGACGGAGUUCAACCCAGACCGUGAUAUCCCAGAUAUCGAAAAUUAUGAAGUCACCUCACAUUCUGUCGUUAGUGAUGGAGCGGAAGGUAGCUCGACACAAGGAACACCGGAGAGGAAAGGAUUCAUUCCAGAAAUGCCCGAGGAUUAUGCUCCUCCAUGGGGUACCUACCGUGACCCUGCAAUUAUGGCCCAAAAUCGCCUUCCCUUUAUGACACCUAUCGUGGAGCGAACGGAAUCCAUUCCUUCUUUGACAGCCGCUCGAAACAGCAUUUAUAACGCGAAAACGCCUUCGAAGCCACGAUCACCGGCCGGUAACUUGUUUCGUUCUAGUCUAGUGGGGACAGAUACGCCAUACGAAGAAGAUCAUACUAUUGCGUCUACAGCCGAUGUACCAUUCAGUCCCAUGGCCUUCAAGGCCCUCGCGCCUAAGCUCCGGAGACGGGAACCGAUAAUCAGGGAUGUGCAGUGCAAUCCGACUGACAAGGGUAUUCGCAACACAAUCCUCAAUUCCUUGGAAAAGCCACUUGCGACCUACACGGGUUAUCACGGUCACGUCGAAGAUAGUAACUAUGCUUCGAUGAUACAGAAAUUCGUCAAAACCAACACCAGGCGAUCAAAGAGUGGUGGGGAUGGCGCAUUUGACACGCCUAUCCUCGAAUUUCCAGGAGCGGAACGAAGCUACAUUAUCAGACGUGAGCUAGGAGCCGGUGCAUAUGCCCCUGUCUAUCUCGCCGAAAGUGUUGACAGUCUUGAAUCCUACGAAUCUGACUCCGACGAUGGUACAAGCCCUAGCAGCAAAAUUUCCCGACGGAGAAACUCGAACGCUUAUGAGACUCCCCGAUUCCCCUUCGAAGCAGUCAAGGUCGAAAAUGGACCAUCAAGCGCGUGGGAGUUUUAUAUGAUUCGCACAGCCUAUAUUCGCCUACGACAAUCCAUUGAUCAUUCUCGCGCCACCGAUAGCAUUGUUCGCGCGCACGAAUUGCAUGUCCACCGACGUGAAAGUUUUCUAGUGGAGGACUAUCGAGGACAGGGUACCAUACUCGACCUCGUAAACCUCGUCCGCAAUGAAGCCAUCAACUCCAACCAUACUUCUGAAGGCGGUCUUGAGGAGGUUUUAGCAAUGUUCUUCUCCGUUGAGCUAUUCCGCACCGUCGAAGCACUCCACGCCAACGGCGUCCUCCAUGGUGACAUCAAAGCCGACAACUGCCUCGUCCGCCUAGAUGACCACAAUCCCAACGAACCUCCCUCUAAGGCCCUUUCCCUGCUCGACCUUGACGCCGAUAAAACCGAUUUCGAUCCCCGGGAAAGCAUCCACUACUCCCCAAGCGGCUCUCACGGCUGGCGACAGAAGGGCUUAGCACUGAUCGACUUCGGCCGCAGCAUCGACAUGCAAGCAUUCUCACCAGCCGUGCAAUUCAUCGCGGACUGGGAAACCGGUGCGCAUGAGUGCAAUGAAAUCCGCGAGAUGCGCCCCUGGACCUACCAUAUUGAUCUGUACGGUAUUGCUGGCGUGAUCCACGUGCUGUUAUUCGGCAAAUACAUCGAAUCCACCGCUAUCGACGGCAACAACGGAAACCCAUCAUUCCGCAACUAUCGCAUCCGCGAGUCUCUGAAACGAUACUGGGAUCGUGAACUCUGGGCCGGUGUCUUCGAUCUCUUGCUCAACCCCGGUGCCGAGCGCUGGCAGCAUAAUGAGCGCGAGAACGGAGUCGAUGACGGUCUGUCCUCUGUGCCUAUUCUGCCUGUCUUGCAUUCCAUGCGGCACAUUCGUCAAGACAUGGAGGAGUGGCUCCUUGCCAAUGCCGAGAAGAAGGGUCUUGCUCUUCAGAUUCGCAAGAUUGAGGUUCUUCUUGCUGAGCGGAAGAGGAAAUUGGAGAAGUGA